AUGGACUUCAAAUCCUCCAUUAAUGAAACAUGGAAGCUUUUCACUAUUGGAACCCUUAUACUAUUCUUUCUUCUUCACCUUUUGCUAGACGAUACCCACCAAAACACAACCCCAACUUCUAUGCUCCAGCUUACAAUACUGACUUCAUCAACUACCAUAAUCAAUCCAUUGAAUUCAUCAAAUUCUACACUUAAUCCCAUUAAAUCUUCAAAUUUUACACUUAACCCACUAGAUGUUUCCAAUUUUACAGUUCAUCUUAAAGAUGAACAAGUUUUUGGUGUUGAAGAUAUUGAGAAACAAGUAAAUAAAACCAAAAAGAAGUGCAAUAUGUUUGAAGGAAGAUGGGUUUAUAAGUCAGAAGAGAUUGGCAGAUAUGAUUCAAUCACUUGUCCAUUUCUUGAGGAGAAAAUGAGCUGUAAACAAAAUGGAAGACCAGAUUUUGAGUAUGAAAAAUGGAGAUGGGAAGCUAACGAUUGUGAUAUACCAUUAUUUAAUGCAACAGAUAUGUUAGAAAGGGUGAGAAACAAGAGAAUGAUUAUAUCAGGGGAUUCACUAAAUAGAAACAUGUGGGAGUCUCUUGCUUGUCUUCUUUAUACUUCAAUCCCUUCUUCUAGAGUUGAAGUACAUGCUGAAGAUGUAUUAUACAAGUAUCUAACGGCAAAGGAUUAUAAUUUUACAUUAAAGUUUCAUUGGAGUCCAUUUCUGGUUAAUUUCAAUAAAAAGCAUAGAAGUGGUAAGAAAGUCCUUGAGCUUGACAAGGUUUCAACCAAUGCUAAGCUGUGGUAUGGAGCUGAUAUUAUGAUAUUUAACUCAGGCCAUUGGUGGACUCAUCAUACAGGCAAACUAAAACCGUGGGACUUAUUUGAGUACAAGGGAAACUUAACAAAGGAAAUGCCAAUAGAAUUAGCUUUUAAGAGAGCAAUGAAAACAUGGGAAAAUUGGAUAGUAAAAAACAUUGAUUCACACCAAACAACUGUAUUUUUUAGGAGUAUUUCAGCAGAGCACAAAAUGAGGCAGUAUAAUCAAUGGUGCUACAAUGUAACACAGCCUAUGAAGGAUGAUGAAUCUUAUGUAUCAGUAUAUCCUAAUUCUUUGAUUCAAAUUAUAGAGAAUAUGAUUGAUGGGAUAAGAAAACCAAAGAUAAAGUACUUGAAUAUUACAAAGCUUUCAGAGUACAGAAUUGAUGCACAUCCAUCAGUGUAUAGGAGCAUUCAUUGGAAGAAUAUUGCUAAUAACUUUGAAAGUGUGUUGAGAUAUGCUGAUUGUAGUCAUUGGUGUCUACCUGGAUUGCCCGAUACUUGGAAUAGACUAUUGUAUGCAUCAUUAUUUUUUAAUAUAUAA